AAGUGCGCUACCAGGAACUUUCUCUGCCAAAUGGGGAGUUAGAUCAGCAUACUCUCCUUUCUCUCCCUUCGAACUCGAGAUAAAGGAAAGAGAUCUUUCCGUGUAUCCGUAGUGCUGUUAGUCAUCACCAACUCCACAUCCUCACUCGCUGAUCGAGGAUGUCGAAGGAAGGAAUUAUUGAGGUCGUGGUUUCCCCAUUGUUGAAGCAUCUGGAGAAUGCCAGGCGCCGUGUUCUGGAAGUCGAGGGAAGUGAUGCAAUCUCGGAGAUCAUCUCACUGUUUGACAACAUCGGAAGGGAUAUUCGAGACAUGGAGGAUGUCUUCCGGCGAGCAGAGCGAUGGGAGAAGGACGUGGUACGCGAUUUUGGAGUGGUUGCUCGACUAGUCGAUGACAUCUUGGAAGAAGAUUGCACCCUCCCCAAGUUCCAAUCCAAGCUUCGAGUCAUCGAUGCGGAGAUCUCCGACCUGAGAGGCCGCGUGACUCCACCGCUCCAACUACCUCCCGUCGAGAGUUCAGCUGCGGCAUCGUCUGGGAGUCUUCCUUCGAUGUUCAGCUCCCUGCAAGCAUCCCAAGAGUGGCGACGGCUCGAAUUGGAUAAGAAGAUCUUUGAAAGCAGCACCAUCUCUAAUCUUCUGGUGAGCUACGAGAACCUCGACCUUCAGUUGAAGUUGUGCUUGCUCUGCUUCUCUAUUUUCCCAGAGAAUGCACUCCUAAAGAAAAGGCUUAUGAUCUACUGGUGGAUCGGGGAGGGACUCGUAACCCCGAAGAGGGGGAAGACUGCCGAGGAGAUCGGAGAGGAUUGCUUGAGGAAGCUAAUCAUGAAUGGAAUGGUCGAGCCAGCAUUCAGGAAACGGAGCUCGGCCAUAGAGUACUGCAAGGUGCAUCCAUGGACGAGACGAAUGCUUAUUUCUGUGGCCAGGAGAAAUCAGUUCUUUGACUUCGACUCGGAAGGAGUUCCUCGGUCAGACUUCUCUGUGAGCCGUCAUGCUUGCUUGGUGACCGCCAGGGGAGGGGAUUCGCAGCAAACCCUCUCGAGGGGCCAAUCCAAUGCCAGUGAAUUGAUUGCGCUGUUCAACGUCGACGAGCAAUAUCUGAGACUCGACAAGAGCUGGUUCUCAGAGAUGAGGAAGAUCAAAGUGCUGCAACUCGGAAGGUGGCAGAGACAAGCGAAGCACCAUAUCGAGGUGGAGAGCACGGAGUUCUUGGAAGGACUGAGGGGGUUCAAGCACUUGAGUUACCUCUCCUUCCAAGGCAUUUCCAGAAUCACAGAGCUGCCGGCAUCCAUUGGCAAGGUCUCCAAUUUGAGGAUCUUGGAUCUCCGGGCGUGCCACAACUUGGAGAAACUGACAUCAGGGAUCACAAACCUGAAGAAACUGACCCAUUUGGAUGUGUCGGAGUGUCACCUGCUAGAGUUCAUCCCCAAGGGGAUCAGCUCACUGUCACAGCUCCAAGUGCUGAAGGGAUUCGUCGUCGGUGACUCGAGAAGCAAGCACCCGUGUCGACUCAACGAGCUGGCCAAAUUGGAGAAACUGAGGAAGCUGAGUAUGAUCAUAGGGAACAAGGUGACAGUGACAGAGGAUGAGCUUGGCGAUCUGAAAAGCUGCAGAGCCCUUCGCUCGUUAACCAUAACAUGGAUCGUAUUGCCACCUAAGAAGGCAGUUUCGAGGCUAACAAGGAUGGCGUCUAUGACAAUGACAUCACUCGCCCUUCCCGUUGGUCUUGAGAAGCUCGAUCUUCGAUGCUUUCCGGGUAAGCUGGCACCAGAAUGGUUGAAUCCUGCUGCGUUGAGGAGCUUGAAGAAGCUGUACCUCAGAGGAGGGCCGCUGAAGAGCCUUGGGCUGGAAAGAUUCCCACCGACUUGGAAUGUGGAGGUGCUACGUCUCAAGUUUCUAAGUGAAUUGGAGGUGGAAUGGUCUCAAAUACGAGCAAGCUUUCCAGGCCUCGUUUACUUGGAGAUCUUCCAAUGCAGCAGAGUUCGAUCCUUUCCAUGCGAUGAAGAUGGAGUGUGGGUGAAACGUGGUAGGCAGACAUCUAGUCCGGCAGCACGAGGAGUUGAACAGAGCGACCAAAGGUAUCAGAUGAGCUGUUAA